AUGCCAGCUACGCACAACGGCAGAAGGAAGGGUGUCGAUGAAGUUGCGGUAAAACUCGGUCGGGUCCACCUCUGGCCCCCAAAAUUAUCAUCAUCGUCCGUCGACGCCAUCAACUGGACUUCUGCCGGAGAACUCUUUCCAGGCUUCCCUAACCGAGAUUUGGAAAUGAGUCGGAGGCGGUAUAAAAGCGUCAAGUUCGCACCAAAAAUGUUCAGACUUAUAAUCCAAAGAGGCAUAAGAAUGGAGCCUUAUUCCAUUUAUUGCUCUUUUCAAAACGAAAAGAAGAAGAAGAAGAAGAAAAAGAAGAAGAAGAAGAAGAAGAAGAAGAAGAAGAAGAAGAAGAAGAAGAAGAAGGCGGGACAGGAAGACGCGUGA